GAACGUAAAUGAUAUCUUCGAUGUCGAACAGGUCAGAUUAAAGAGGGGCGGACAGUUUUCUUGCUGCUUAAUUCGGGUCAAGAAUAUCGUUACCUUAUUAGACUUACGUUGGUCACACCGACUCGUGUACUCGGCGAUUGCCUUUUAUGGUUAGGCUCUACGCUAUAAAGAAACACUAACGGAAAAGCAAAAACGAAGACAAGGAGUGUAGGGUAUCGUAUUCGUAAUAUCGAUGAAACUUUGAGCCGUUAACUGGUUUAUACCGAGUGUUGUGUGUAAAAUGUAUAGCUGUAGUUAUAGAGAAUUAACUAACAGAAUGAUGUCAUCGAUGGAAGAAUUUCAGGAAGCGUUCCAACUUUUUGACAGUCGUGGAGAUGGAAAAAUUCAUGUGGCACAAAUUGGAGACGCGCUACGUGCUCUUGGACAAAAUCCGACAGAAUCGGAUGUAAAGAAGUUUACACAUCAGCAUAAACCUGAUGAACGUAUUAGUUUCGAAGUGUUUCUUCCUAUCUAUCAAGCUAUAAGCAAAUCUCGUACUUCCGACACCGCUGAUGACUUUAUAGAAGGCUUACGUCAUUUCGAUAAGGAUGGGAAUGGUUUUAUCUCCUCUGCCGAAUUGAGACAUUUGUUGACGACGUUAGGCGAGAAACUCAGUGACGAAGAAGUCGAAACGCUGUUAGCUGGUCACGAAGAUUCGCAGGGUAAUAUCAAUUACGAAGACUUUGUUCGUCAAGUGAUGUGCGGUUGAAUUUCUAUACGAACCGAACGAAAUCACGAUGAUAAACGUAUAAGUUAAAAGUAAAGCGGAAUUUAAAAGAAAGAGAGACGUUCGAAGAUCUUGCAAAUUUUCCAGCUUAAACAUUCCAUAUUAUAUUAUUUGUGUAUGAUUUUUAGGAAUUUUUAGUUAUUUCUUUAUUCAAAAUAUAUAAUGAGAAUAUUCAUCGGGUACUUUUUACGACGGUGUGAGAAAAGAACAGAAAUAGCAUUGUGUAUAACGCGAAUGAAAUAAAACUUGUUGAAUAUAAAAUA